UGGGGGUGUAGCCGGGGCUCGCAUAACACCUCAGAGCCCCGGCAAAGAUGAAAGUAUACCAGCAGGGUUUUCCGAACACGACACCACCUAAAAGAUCCCAAAAUGGUGCAAACAUCAAAUCAAAGAGGACACUAGACUUAUUUUUAGCACCUACAGGCGCAGUAGUGGCAGCGAAAAACCGGGCUGCCUAAAACCUGUGUUAAGCGAGAAGCCCCAGUCUGAGCACUUAAGGUUCAGGCAGGUAGGCAGGUUACCUGAUAUGUUUACAGUUAACGGGUAUUUUUUAACCUUUUUGUGUGUUGAACCUUUGACCUCCUCUUUGGCGAAUGACGUAUUGUUGACACAAGCAUUGUGAAACCUGCGCCUGUUCAAGUCAGGCGCAUAACGUUAGCAUGGAGACCAUGAACACAAGGAGUUAGGAGACAUUUUCGUAGCAGAAAGUUGCCAUGUUGCGGGUGUGUGAGAAACUCCGUGAGGCGGACGAGAAGGGCAGGAGGUACGGACUAGCCCGGGCGGAGACAGGCUACCUCCGUGCCCUGGUGGACGCCAUGGCCGACACGGACAGGCUGGCGGAAGUGGAGCUGCUCAAAACUCUGGGCGACGUGAACGUGGAGAAGGGAAGACUCGGGAAGGACGUGGGGAAGUUCAACACAGCCUUGGCGCUUUAUCUGGCCGCUAUGGUACGGUGUUACCAUGAAGAACAGGCAGAUGGUAUAGAACACCGCUACCACUACACGGAGAGGCUUUUACAAGGGCUGUCGUCACAGGGUAAGGAACAGCCAACUGACGACAAUGAGACGACUACACCUGCAAAGGUAGCGGCAAAGUUUCAAGAUCUGGACAAGACAUUGGCGUUUGGAGGUAACACAGAUUCUUUGGUGGUUGGAUACGCACAGGUGAUGGUAGAGGCGAUAGUAAACGACAACAGCAUGUUAGAAACAGAAGCGAUCAAGAGUCUGGGUGACGUGUAUCUAAAAAGAGGAACAGAAACUGGAGACACUAGAAACUUGACCAGAGCUACUGCUCUGUACAACAGGGCACUGGCGCGGUGUCACAACGUUCAUGGAACAGUUGUCAUUGUUCACCGCUUACUGCACACCGCAAAAAUCAGGCAAGAUAUCGCCACAAGGAACAAGAGGUCAACACGUCUACGACAACAAGGCGUGAGAGGACGGAAGGGCCACUUCUCUGCCUUCUCAGCUACGCCCACUAACGAGGGAACCACCUGUCAAGUUGACGAUGACAUAUCCUACCGCGGGUACAUCCAGGCGGCAGAAAGUGACCUGAGCAAAGGAGACCUGGAUGCAGCGGAGCAGAACCUAGCAGCCGCCCUGGAGCUGGUUCACGAUCGCAGUAAACCCAACAAGACUAAAGAAGCCGACUGUCUGUACAGGUUGGGUGACGUUUACGUCGAGCGAGGUAAGCGGACAGGAGAAGGUAGGAAAUUCACACAGGCGGCAGCUCUGUAUAACGCCUCCAUGGCGCGGUCAGAUGGAGACAAACCAAACAUGUUAUCAAAACUGCAAGAAACAGAAAAGCAGUUUCUUAGAAACACCUGUAACAUUGACUGUGAACCAUGUCCGUAUAGCAGCGCGUUAGAUCACAUAAAGGAACUGGACAACUCGCGCGCCCGUGCAAAAUCUCAGCUCGAAACAGUUCAUCAGGAACACAACCCUUAUCAGUAUGAUGAAGACGAUCCCGUCGUGAGAGAGGUGGAAACCAAACGAGCUGAAGCAAUCAAGAACUUGUUCAAGACUAUCACAGUUGAAAGACGAGAGUUUAUCCAAGUACUAACAGAUGAAUGCAUCGCCAAACUCGGACCCCCUCCCUGUAAGUACGCUUUUAUCGGGUUGGGGUCACAAGCCACAGAACUGGUGACGCCGUACUCCGACCUGGAGUUCGCCAUUCUGAUUGAGGAGAGGAUGGAUGAUGAUGAUAGACGGAGGUACUUCCUAAAUCUCACACACUACUUACAUCUCAAAGUCAUCAACCUUGGGGAAACCAUCCUCCCAGCCAUGGCCAUCCCGUCACUCAACGACUUUCUCUCAGAAGACCCAGAGAAAGACUGGUUCUACGACUCCGUCACACCUCGCGGCUUCGCCUUCGACGGCUUCAUGCCAUGGGCUUCUAAGACUCCGUUUGGAAGAGACGAAACCAAAAGAAAACCUCCCGUUAGUCUCAUCCAGACUCCUUCCGAGUUGGCUAAGUAUCAGAAUAUCAGAAUUGCCCUGGCGGAAGGCUAUCACCUGUCAGAUAUACUCAGACGGGUGACCUACUUAACAGGGGACGAGUCUUUGGUAGAUGAGUAUACAUACAUUGUCAACAAAAGCGUAGAGCGCACCCCUGUUCUGUCACGGUUGUCAGCAAUGCUAAUGUUUAAGGAUAAUAUUGGACAAAUAGAAAACGUUGAACCAACGGGCCAACUUCUGGAUGUCAAGAAAGAAAUAUACCGUCUUCCCAGCCUGGCCAUUGAUGUGUUUAGUAUUUGCUGUGGUAUUACAAUCCCCAGUGUGUGGGGAAUGAUAGAAGAGCUACACAAGACACAGCGGAUCAGUGACGAAGAUGCCCACCACUUGACUGUACUGAUCAGCAUCUCAGCGGAGCUGCGUUUAAGAACGUACAUUGCUAACGGAGGACAGAAGGACAGACUGUCUCCUCUCACGGAGAUGAAAGUUCAACUGGAUAAAAAUGACGCAGAUGACACCUUCUUUCAGUCUGUUUUCUACAUACCGAACGGAAAAAUGCUGUUCCGGUACUACUAUACAGCCAUUCCAUUAAACAGUUGUAUUAUGGAUAUGAUUGCAAAUGAAGGUCCAACCAUAUAUAACAUAUUCCAGACAGCUAUUUUUGACAACUCAUCUCAAACAAAGGGUAGAAUAAGACAGCAACUGUUCUAUUUCGAUGAAUCCAUGCGUUAUUUGGAAGCAGCGCUAAAAGAGGCGGAUAGUGACGACAAAAAACAGCUAGACAUACUUUUUCAAUUAGGAAAUGUCUCUUACAGUUGCGGUGACUAUGAGAAAGCGAUCAGCUGCUAUAAACGGGCACUUUGUGCUGGAAACACUCUUACUGGAGACACCAAAGUACGUUCCAUCAUUGCUUUAUUAUUAAAUAGCAUUGGAAACUGUUGGAGUGAACUUGGCGAUCAGGGGAAAGCUAUCAAUUAUCACGAACAGUCACUUAAGUUGACGAAAGAUAUCUAUGACAAAACAGCAGAACACCUGAUCAUUGCUUCAUCAUUAGGCAGCAUUGCUAAAUGUUGGAGCGAGCUUGGUAACGAGAAGAAAGCGAUCAGUUAUCACGAACGGUCACUGAAUAUGACAAAGGCUAUCUGUGGGAAAACAACAACGCAUCCUGACAUUGCUUCAUCAUUAAAUAACAUUGGAAUAUGUUGGAGCAAGCUCAGUGAUCAGAGGAAAGCGAUCAAGUAUUUUGAAGAGUCACUGAAGAUGAUGAAAGUUAUCUAUGGCCCAACAACAGCACAUCCCGCCAUUGCUACAUCAUUCCAUAACAUUGGAAACUGUUGGCACGGCCUUGGCAAUCAGAGGAAAGCUAUCAGGUAUCAUGAACAGUCACUGAAAAUGAGGAAAGCUAUUUAUGGUGAAACAACGCCACAUCCGGACAUUGCUUCGUUAUUAGGUGCCAUUGGUGGAUGUUGGGGCAAGCUUGGUGAUCUAAGGAAAGCUAUCCGUUAUCACGAACAGUCACUGAAGAUGAGGAAAGCUAUCAAUGGUGAAACAACAGAACAUCCCGCCAUCGCUGCAUCAUUAACUAACAUUGGAAACUGUUGGAGCAGCCUUGGUGAUUAUAGGAAAGCUAUCAUGUUUUUUGAACAGUCACUGAAGAUGGUAAAGACUACCUAUGGUGAAAAAACAGAACAUCCACACGUUGCGUCAUUAUUAAAUGAUAUUGGAGUAUGUUGGAGAAACCUUGGUGAUCAAAAAAAAGCUAUUCGGUUUUACGAACAGUCACUGAAGACGAAGAAAGUUAUCUAUGGUGAAACGACGCCACAUCCAGAUAUUGCUUCAUCACUAAAUAACAUUGGAAACUGUUGGAGUGACCUUGGUGAACCAACAAAAGCUAUCAGUUAUUACGAACAGUCACUGAAGAUGAAGAAAGCUAUCUAUGGUGAAACAACGGACCAUCCUGAUAUUGCUUCAUCAUUAACCAACAUUGGGAUAUAUUGGCGUAAUGUUGGCGAUCAGAGGAAAGCUAUCAGAUAUCACGAACUGGCACUGAAGAUGAAAAAAACUAUUUACGGCACAACGCCACAUCCCGACAUCGCUACAUCGUUAAACAGCAUUGGGGUAUGUUGGAGGCACCUUGGAGAUCAGAGGAAAGCUGCUAGUUAUUACGAACAGUCACUGAAGAUGUGGAAAGCAAUCUAUGGCGAAACAACGCCACAUCCCGAUAUUGCUGCAUCACUAAACAACAUUGGAAAUUGUUAUCGCGACCUUGAUGAUGAGAGGAAAUCUAUCAGUUAUCACGAACAGUCAUUGAAGAUGAUGUACGCCAUCUAUGGUGAAAACGCAGUACAUCCCGACAUUGCAUUAUCGCUUAGUAACAUUGGAGUAUGUUGGGACAAACUAGGUGACCACAGUAAAGCCCUCAGGUAUUACGAGGUGUCGUUGAGAAUAAUGAAAGUUGUCUAUGGGGACAACAUAACGCAUCCUAAUAUUGUAACACUAUUGAAAUACAUUCGAUUUUGUAAAAGUGCGAUUAGAGCAAAGCAGUUAGUUACCGCUAAUCGUUAAAUACUCAGGAGUUUUUAACUAACUAUGGAGACACUACUGCAUAUAUCCAAUCUGUUUUUCGAUACCAUGUCAUUAUAGCUUUAUUGCUCACAAAUUGAAUACCCUGUGAGCAUGGAAAGGACUACGUAGUUCUUAAUAUGUUGUUUUAUAUCGAUGGUCUUGAAAUAGGCGUACCUAAAUGAAGCAAUGAUCCUAAUUUAAAAGCUUCCAAUAAGGUAUGCGUCCUUGCCCUUUUAGCUCAUUUUCCGUUAAACUAUGCGAGGACUUUAUAUAAUGUCCACAUGUCUCUUUGCACUCUGUCUAACUCCUUUUCCGCCAAUCACAUAUCAUUCCGCUCCAGUUCUUUGAUAACUGCGCAAAUUUCGAUCCACUACAAGUAUGACAAUAACGCUUUUCCUUUUUUUCUGAAGUCACAUUAUAUUAAAGUACGUGUAUAUCAUUUUCAGUUUUUCGAUCAAAUUCACAUAAACGUCACAUUCAUGCACCUCGUAGUGUCAAAUGAUAAAUAAUAAUACUGGUUUAUUAUUCUU